UAAAACAUUUAUUGUAAACUUAUUAAACAAAACAAAAAACAUGUACAAAUUCAUCCUUAUUGCUGCUUUGAUUGCCUUUGCUGCCGCUGAUAGCGAUGAUGCUCAUGCCGAAGUCACUAAUUUGAAAUCGGAUGUUAGAGCUGAUGGUUUUGAUAGCGUUUUGGAUACCAGCAAUCAUAUCCAUCAAGCUGCUUCCGGUGAUGAACAUGGCAACAUUCAUGGUGAUUUCGAAUGGGUUUCCCCCGAAGGUGAACAUAUUAAGGUUUCAUAUGUUGCCGAUGAAAAUGGUUAUCAACCUUCUGGUGAUGUUGUACCAACACCACAUCCCAUUCCUGAAGCUAUCUUAAAGGCUAUUGCUUAUAAUGAAGCUCAUCCUUCAAAGGAAGAACAUCAUUAAAUUAAAAGCGUUAGUUUUAUAGAGUUUUAUAUGAAAUUUUAAUAUUUGCUUCAAACUGCCAAUAAAUUGCACAGAAAGAUAA